AUUUUACUCAUUUGGGUUUAGGAUUACUUGGGCUCCAUUGGUCCAUUGGCGGAAGCUUUUUCCUCCCGCGAAUGGAAUCAUCUAUUAGCUGCUCACUUUCAUAUUCAGAUCGCUUCAACCUCCUGAUUCUCCGGCCAAUCAUCGCCAUCUCUUUUGUACUUUCGUUGCUUGUUUUCGGUUGGUUUUUGGCCUGGAAACUGCUACUGGUUCACGUCCUUUUGGUCCAGGAGAUAUUUGGUCUUAAGAAUAAACCUUCGCUUCCCAAACCCUCAAAUCGCCACUGAUUCUCACGUUUCUACAAUUCCAUUACACUUAAUCACAACGAAAGUUCCAACGUCUCAGUUUAAUUUGUGGAAGCUCGUGUUGAAGGACUUAAUUUGUGUCUGGAACGUCUUUUGUAAAACAAAGCAAUGGCAUUAAGAUGUUUUUUCGGUUUUUCUGAUGGUGAACUAACGAGAGCUGAUUCAAAACCUUGUUCAAGAUUGAUGAGGCAUACUGCUGGCGUUUUUAGUGUUGGGGGAGCCUUAGGGUUUUGGAUCCUUUGUCGUCUGCAUUACGGUCCAAGAGCGAAUGUACCUAGAAGUCUGAGGUGGGCAAGUACGGGAGCGGUUACAGUAAGUGCGGGGACCACUUUGCUGGUUUGUCUUUUUAGUCCGGAAUGUGAACCCCAGAACAUUGAGGCUUAUGACAAGAAAAAAUAAUGACUUUUCCCAUUAACUCAUGUUUGUAUAUGUUUUUGACUUUUUUCGCAAUAUUUGGGAUUGAUUUUGUAAGAAAUUUGAAGUUUGAAUUUCUUUGCGAUAUUCACUUAUUCUUAACCUUCCU